CCAUUGUGCAGAUGUGAGUGCAUCAUGGCAGCUUUUAAAGGCAUUUGGACAAAGGCAUUUUGGCGUGCAGUCUCUGGUGAAUUCUUAGCCACACUAAUCUUUGUAUUUAUUAGUCUUGGCUCAACCAUCAACUGGACAUCAGACAAGGAGAAUCCACCACCUGCUGACCUGGUGCUCAUCUCACUCUGUUUCGGGUUGACCAUCGCUACCAUGGUGCAAUGUUUCACUCAUAUCAGUGGAGGCCACAUAAACCCAGCUGUCACUGCUGCCAUGCUAGUCACCAGAAAGCUGAGUCUUGCCAAGGCCUUGUUUUAUAUAACUGCACAAUGUUUGGGCGCCAUCACCGGGGCAGGGAUUCUGUUCCUGGUUACACCAAGUGCUGUUAAAGGCAGUUUAGGUGUUACAAUGGUGAACUCAAGUAUCUCUGUGGGUCAUGCCCUGGUUGUGGAGCUCCUGAUCACGUUUGAACUUGUCUUCACCGUGUUUGCCACCUGCGACAACAAACGUAAUGACCUCAAAGGUUCAGCCAGCCUUGCCAUCGGUAUUGCUGUAGUCAUUGGCCAUCUUUUUGCGAUCCCUUACACUGGAGCCAGCAUGAACCCUGCUCGCUCUUUUGGGCCUGCAGUCAUCACGUUAAGCUGGGAAAGCCACUGGGUGUAUUGGGUUGGCCCCAUUCUAGGCGGCAUUCUGGCAGCUGCAAUGUACGAGUACCUGUACUGUCCAGACCUGGAACUGAAGAAAUACUGCAAAGAGACGUUGAUCAAAGAUUCUUCAGGAAAAUAUAAAGAGGUGGAGUGUCCCAUCAACCAGCAAGUUGGAGAGCAAGAUGAUAUUACGAUCAGCCCUGGUUCUUCUUCAUAUACGGAGAAAGGGGAGAAGAAGGAGGCUUUACAGGAUAUAUCGGGUGAUGGGUUGACCCCUGUAUGA